UCAAGGAUCUCUGACCCUGUGCGCUAGGUCAGAAUUACGUCAUCUUGAAACGCGCAUCUUUUUUGGAACGUCGUACAGCCUUUUCUUGAGCCAAAAUCGCAUAGGGUCGGAUAAUGUUGAAAAAUGUCAACAUUUGUUCCAUGGUUGGAAUGAAUCUGCACAGCUAUUUUAUAGCUGUCAGUGCCUGACUUAUCGCAUUCAUCUGUGUCAAAAGUAUGAACUUACCCUUACUUUAAAAUGUCAACAUGCAGAAAGAAAUCUCAUGUUCUUGACUCAUGUUUUUUUGCCUUAUCAGUGAAUGAGGCACAUCCUCGUAUGUCUCAACCCUCCCAUUAUUCACACAUUUACAGUCAAUGAUAAGUCAGAAGCAUGGCAUUUGCUUUGUUUCGGUGUAUGAAGUUUAUCUAUCAACACAAGAAGCCAUUUAGCAGGUAUUUAAAUUGAUUGAAAAGAGCAGUUAUUGGUAUGGGUAGGAAAAAAGAUUCACUUUGCAUAUCAGUUGCUGAAUGUUAAAGCAUUGCUGUGGUUUCAAUACAGCUCUCAAAUAUGUGCUCUCUGUAGGUACAGGUGGUACACCAGGGUGUAAACCCGAACCCCCCCCCACCACCACUACCACCAUACAACAACAACACAUUAGUAAGAAGUUCUGCAUUAAAACAGCUGUGGAUGAUAGACAGGUUAAUUGCUCCACUUUGGUGCACCAGAUUAUUUCUCUCUUCUUUCUUUUUAACAGAUUCCCAAACUCAAAAGCAUCGCUGUAUCUCAACAGGUACCCCUCCAAUAUGUUGUUCAUGAGCUGUGUUCUCCUUCUCUUCAUGAGUUGUGUUACCGGCUUUCCAUCAGCGACAGAGAGAUUAACAACAGAAAAACCUGACCUCACGUGUCUGAAUAAUUACUUACAAACCGUGAGCUGUACACUCACAGUCAGCAAAUGGAGGAAUUCUGAAGAGGAGAAUGCUAUCAUCAUUGUAGAAUUCAAACACUUGUAUUUUGAUGAUGAGCUGCCUGUGCAAUGCACUCUUGUGAAAGAAGCUGAACGUUUUGGCAGAGUAAGCUACAGCUGCUCACUGGACUUCGAGGAGAGCAUCAUUAGCGAUGACAAAUAUCAAAUCAGCCUUCGAAGACAAUUCAACGGCACAAUAGAAAAUACAGUGGCAGAUACAGAUUAUAAACCAUCAGAGAACAUUAAACCUCUUCGUCCGGUCAAUCUGUCUUUCAACCUGAGCUCAAAUCAGUAUAACUUCACCUGGGAUACAGGCUACCCUGAUGAUCAUUAUCUGGAUGACUAUCUGCAGUUUGAAUUGUCAUACAGAAAGAAAGAAGACCCAAUGCACUCCAAGGAAAAUGUAUUGUCCCGUGCUAAUAGCAUGAGGUUUAUAGAUCUGAAAGCAUCCUUCCUUGAAGAAGACACCGUCUACGUUGCGAAAGUCCGCUCCGCACCGAACAACAUCAGUUACACAGGACACUGGAGUGAGUGGAGCCAGCCGGUGGAGUGGAAGACAGGUGUCCUCACAGAAAAGAAAUCAGAUAUUAUAGUAAUCAUCGGGUCGAUUGUCAUACCUUUAUUACUGGCAGCUGUCAUACUGGUGUCUCUGUACUUCAAUCUCCCAACAAGGUUUAAAUGUGUGCUGUUCACAAAGAUACCAACACCGGAACCAUUCUUCCAGCCUCUCUACAGCAACCACAAAGGGAAUUUCCGGAACUGGCUCAGCAACCACAGGGAUCCACUGAGGAAAGAAGGGCUGAAAAUUGACAGCCUUGCGCAGACCAAACAGACGAAGACUGAAGACAGCUUCUUCCUGCGCACUCAGGAAGAGGUCCUCAAUCACAUCACUUACGUCAAGCCAAUCCACCGUGAGUGGAGCUGCCCGGCUAAGCACGGUAACGGUGAUGACUGCAAGGGGACCCAGGAGGUUGCCUCUGACAUCGUGAGUAGCCCCCUCGCGGCACUGCCUAAGUCCUUACAGAGUUACGAUGAGAUGUUUAGCUCGCUCUCCUUGGAUCUGGCAGGAGUCACCGACAGUGAUUCCGGGUGUGACGAUAUGACAAGGAGUCCGGACAGCAGCUGGCAGCAUGCCACCUUCUCGUUUGAUCUGCCCCCUGAACCAGAGAGCCUGUGCUACAGCGAUGAUUACUGCACCCUCUCGGACACCAACAACGGACUGAUCCCCACCACAAUGAUUCGGCAGAUGGUGAAGAGCCCGCAGAGCCUGACUGACAGCUGCCCCCUGGCUGCAGAGUCCGGAGACGACAGCAGCGACCCGCAGCAUUCCCAGAACGAAUACGAUUCCUGCAGCGAGUGUCUGACAGACUCCAGCUUCUCUCCUCGCAGCUCUUCCCUGAAGGGCUCCUCACCUCUGUAAAGGGUUAUGUCACGCAUGUUGCAUUGCUUUUAGCUUGUUCACACCCAAUAGGGUUUACACUUUAUAUAUGUCAGAGUUGUGUUCCUAUACCACAAAAAUGUGUGUUAUUAUUAAACUAACGGAGCCAAAAGACCAGUUAUUAAUUCUGGCAAGAAGCAACAGGUUUAGCAUUACGGGAGCGAGACCAAUGCACAUUAGAGAGCUGUGAUUUCCCUAUCAGUGGUUAUUGGGGGAGUGUAAGAUAUUGAAAAUACCAUUGUUGGUCGCGUUGUGGUUUCUUACUCAGUUCAAGAUAAUGGUUCACACACACCUCGAAAACUCUAGUUGUGCUUUUCACACAGCGUCACUCAUUUAAUUCAGUUGAUUGAUAUUCAUGCACUGGAGCACUGAGCUGCAUUGCAUCAAUCUGCCAGCAGGUUCCAAGUCUCAUCAGUCUUCAUUGUGUAUUGAUUGUUAUAGGAUAGCUUGCUUUCCAGUGGGACUGUAUUAUGAAGGCUUAGAAAACUUUGUUGCAAUUAACUUCUGCCAAUUGUAUGUAGCAUUUUAGUUUUUUGUGUUAAAUAAUAAAAAAAAACAAUGUCCCACCAAGAAGUUACAUGUAAAACCAUUGAAAUACAACAGGUGUUUUAAAACCUGUUCCGCAGUCCUUUUUAACCUGCGUGACACCUCAGUGCAAACUGUGGGAGGGUGUGAAGAGAAAGACACAGUUAAACUCCAUACGAGACUGACUCCUGGAAGGAAAGCUGGUAUUGCUUUUAAAGCAAUAAACGUUGUCAGUUUCUGUAACUGGCUUCUCAAGAGAACCUGUGGAGCUUUUGUGCAGUGGUUAGAGCGCUUCCCAAAAAAGAAAUAUAAUAUGUACAGUAUAUGCAGUAAGUUGUACAGCAACUGUUUUAAUUGACAUUGUAGAAUGAACUUCUGCCGUUUAAAUUUCCGACUACAGAAAAUCCACAGAUGCCAUAUAACCUUGUGGGAAACAAUUAUUUUUUCCCUCACUAUAUAUGUUUAUGUAUGUUGUGUUUGUUGCCUCUGUAAAAUAUAUGUUGCGGUCUGUGGUUGCAUUACAGUAUAAUAUUGGAUGUACAUUUAUAUGCUGCUUUACAGUUCAGGUAUUUUGCUGCUGUUCAUAAAAUAAAAAAAGAAGAAAAAAAUACUAAAAUAAAGAAUACUGUUAAAAUCAA